UCGGCAUCGCCCGGCAACAGCAACAGCAACAACAACAACGAAAAGCUGGCGUCGCCGUCGCCACCGUCGUCGUCGUCGUCAUCGUUUUCUCUAUUUUCCUCAAUCGCUCUGCCUUUUCAUUUUCAAUUCGCAUAUUUUUGCAAACUCUACUUUCAGUUAUUCGCCGAUAAUUGAUGUCAAAGGACGCAGUUGUGCUCCGCUACCGCUGUUCCGUUUGCCAGUGGAAUCGCUACGCGAACCAGUUCUACUACUAGUUCCAGCGUCAGUUCCGGUUCCGGUUCCUGGUCUCACUCCCCACCCGUUCCGUUUCCGGUGCUUGAGCAGUGUGACCAUGCCAAAGGAGGAUCCAUUCGUCAAUCGUGCGCAGCUGCUGAAGGCGAUCAAGAAAUACCCAGAAAUCUGGGACUCCAACAACAAGCUCCAUAUGUGCCGCAGCGUCACUUCGCCCAUGUGGACCGAGAUCGCAGAGCAAUUCGGUGGCCAUGUGCCGACAGUAAAACUGCAAUCGAUUUGGAGCCAGAUGAAGUACCAUUAUCACAACUUGGUCCACCGGCAGAUCCUGCACAAGGAUCGCUUCAACACCAAGUGGGAACACUUUGAGCCCAUGUCCUUUAUGUACAACAUAACGGUGGCCAAGAUCGUGGGCGCCCAGUCAGGCGGGGGUGGCAGUGCGGGUACUUCCACUGAUCCCUCUUCCCAUUCUCCGCCCAGUGCUUCGCAAUCCGCCGGGGAGGGGGAAACCAGCUCGGCUCCUCCUCUGCCGAGCGCCUCCCACGGACGCGGACGUCCCAGUGGCAGCUUCAGCUGGCUGCAGAGCAACACUCCUCCCACCGCCCCCCAGCUGCCACACCUCAUGACUCCGCCGACCCACGGUCAUGGGAUGACAUACACAGCCUUCACAGGACUGGUGCCGCCACCUGCCACAGUGGCACCUGAAACUGUGUCCACGCCUCCGCGGAAGCUGGGGCGCCCUAGCUCUUUGCACAACAGCAUGCGUGGCAGGAUCAUCGAUGCCAUCAAGGCGCGUCCCUCGCUGUGGGCGGGACGCCAGCGAAGCGAAAAAGGACAAGGUCAGAGUCGAACCUCGGCAGUUUGGAAGGAAGCGGCCAUCGAGAUGGGUCUUACGCCGACCCUUAUGCAGACCCGCUGGUCGAUCAUUAAACAGCGGUAUGUGGAUGAACUCCAGAAGGAGCGCCACGCCCAGUACUCCCACCAGGGCUUUCGCUCCACUUGGGAGCACUUCGAGCGGAUGUCUUUCAUGAGGGACAUCCUUCUGAAGAAAGUUGACGAGCGGGAGCAGACGCGAGAGCAGAUCCAGGAGAUAGUCAGCGAGCAGCAGCACCACCAGCAGCAGCCGCACCACCAGCCGGCGCAGCAUCUGCACCACUACCGCCCGGCGCCUCCGACGGCGGGUCUGGUGGAGCACGCCCAGGACAUGCCCAUCGGGCUGGUGCAGCACCACCAGGAGGCCACUGGUCACCCACCGCUGCUGCACCACCCCCACCAUCCGCAGCCAGGCAUCCGGCGGCGGGUCAAGCAUGAAUCGGACUUGGAGUGGGAUCCCUUUGAGAUGAUCCUGCACGUCCAUGGCGCCGGAGAGCCAGCGGCCAACUGAAGACUGAGAAACACAAUGGGGGUGGUCCUGAGAAAAAUACCGAAACUAUACUAGAAUUUUUCGGUAUUUAUUUUACUUCUCAGGGUAGACCCCUCUGGGUAGGAGGAUGAAACAUGGUAGAGUAUCCCACGUCCAUGAAUAAUCGCCAGAUUUAAAACCAAUAUCUAUACCAUUUACAUAUUGAAUAACACAUUUAUCGCAGAACAAAAUUUUGUAAUUCCUUUUUCUACUACUAUUCUACAAUUAAAUACAUCACAUAAAAA